UUCGGCCUACUUGUUGCUAUCGACGAGUACCAGAGCAACGACAUCCGAAACCUCAGAGGCUGCGUCAACGAUGCGAAUGACUUCGCCGACUUCCUCACGGUCACGCUUGGCGUCCCUAGUGGACAGAUCGUUCAGCUCAGUAAUGAACAGGCAACACGUCGAGCCAUCCUCCACACGUUCGAGAGCCAUCUCAUCAAUAAUUCUAACAUCAAGGAAGGCGAUGCGAUAGUGUUCUUCUUUGCUGGCCAUGGUUCCCAGGUCCAAGCACCUGAGGGCUGGAUUUCUCCCAAUAACAAGAUCGAGACGAUUUUACCGUGCGAUGUCCUCACAGUGGACAGCAGCGAGGAGUAUAUCAACGGCAUCCCUGAUCGAACAUUCGGAGGGUUGAUACAACAGUUGGCAGAUACAAAGGGGAACAAUAUU